CAUCCAUCCGGGACUAUCCAGUCCAUAUGUCUUCGUGUCCUGGGCCUAUUGCAGUCAUUUAGUCUUUCUGAAACAAGGACAUUUUCGCGAUUCGAUGAUUUUGGAGUAUAUUUGAUUGGGAGAGAGAGAGAGAGAGACAGAAAGAGAGAGGUAUUCUGAAGAGAGGGAGAGAGAGAGAGAGGAAGAAGAAGAGAGGGAAGAGACGUUUGAGUGGUCCGUUAAUUUUCCGUUAAAAGAGAAGUAGUACAUGAAGGCAGAAGCACGAGCAUAGAUAGCCAUGGUGUCGGACCAAGAGAUAGCGAAAGGCGUAGAGACCGUGCUCCGUCAAUCUGACCCCAACGCUGUCACUUCCCUAAACUGCGUCGUUCAGCAGCUCGAAGCCAAGCUAGGGUUGGACCUCUCCCAUAAAGCCGACUUCAUCAGGGACCAGAUUACCUUGCUCCUCCGAUCCCACCCCAUCCCCAAGGACCAGUUGCCCCCUCAACCCCAUCCCCAAUACCCAAAUAUCCUCCUUCCUCAGCCAUUUCGUCAGCCCCAUUUCGCUAUCCAGCAACAGCAGCCCCCGCGCCUCCACCAGCAAACUAACCCUACCUAUGCGGUGCAACUGCAACAAACCCAGCCAGCAGCGGUGAAAGACCAGAAUGCAGCCGGAAAUGCUUCUGAAACGCCCAAAGGAAGAGCCCCAGCUGGAACCAAAAGAAGAGGCGGUCCAGGAGGUCUAAACAAAGUAUGUGGCGUUUCACCGAAACUACAGGCCAUCGUUGGUGAGCCAGCACUCCCAAGAACAGAGAUAGUGAAGCAGCUGUGGGCCUACAUUAGAAAACACAACCUUCAGGACCCUGGGAAUAAGAGAAAGAUUAUCUGUGAUGAUGCUCUGCGGAUGGUGUUUGAGACAGAUUGCACUGACAUGUUCAAGAUGAAUAAGUUGCUGGCAAAGCACAUCUUGCCACUUGAUCCAAUGAAACAAUCAAGUCAAGCUAAGAAGUCAAAGUUGGAAGAUGCAUCUCCAAACCAAAAUUCAGAUCCAAGCCUUCUUCCAGUGAUAAUAUCAGAUGCAUUGGCAAAAUUUUUUGGAACAGGAGUAAGGGAGAUGCUCCAAUCAGAGGCUUUGGGGCGAGUCUGGGAGUACAUAAAGGUUAACCAGCUGGAGGAUCCUCUGAGUUCUAUGGUUAUACAUUGUGAUGCGAAGCUUCAGGAGCUUUUAGGAUGUGAAAGCAUUUCUGCUUUGGGAAUUCAGGAGAUGCUUGUGCGCCAUCAUUUAUUGAAGCAAUGAUAAUGUUUUGUUAUGUGAAUGAUAAUCUGAGCCUUUAGCUGGGAUAGUUGUUUGUGAUGACAUGACUGACGCAGAAUGAAGAUGUAAUUUCAGUUUCUUUGCAUUUGUCUAGCGGUUAGAUGCUAUGGUGACAGUUAACAACCAUGAUCAAUGACUUAGUACACCUGGCUGUGGCCUAGAAAUGUUUUGUGAUUAUGCCAUGGCCUUGGUUUAGGUUUCUUUUGUCUCUUUGGCUUUCUUCUGACUGCUGCCAUUGUAAUGGAUAGAAAACAUUAGAGGAGUGAUAGUUUGUCUGAGCACCUUAUAAUUGGUGUAUAUAUGCCAUUUGUUUCCUACA